AUGGCGCUCACGUGGGAAGAUAAAGAAGUUAGAUUUGAUAUUCCAUUCACGGAAAUGAGAUUAAAAACUGGAGAAAAAAUCAUAGACAGAUUGGAAAAUAUUGAAGAUACGAAAGGUAAUGGCGGCGAUAGAGGAAGACUUAUCGUUACAAACAUCAGAGUUUUGUGGCAUUCUGUGACUAGUCCUCGUGUUAAUUUAUCGAUAGGCUUUAACUGUGUUGUCACAAUUAAUACAAAAGUGGUAAAUUCAAAAUUGAGGGGAACUACGCAAGCCCUUCACAUUUUGACAUCUUCGAAUGGCACUCGAUUUGAAUUCAUUUUUACCAAUUUAGUACCCGGCAGUACGCGCCAUUUCACUUCGGUCAUGGGAGUUCAUAAAGCCUACAUCUCUUCAAAAUUAUACAGAGAAUUAAAGUUGCGCGGGGCUGUUAUCCAUAAUAAACAACUAAAAAUCCUUCCACUGGAACAAGUGUUUUCAACACUGCAUGGAGUCUGGAACUUGUCAAGUGACCAAGGCAGUUUAGGCACUUUCAUUGUAACAAACGUCCGUUUUGUGUGGUUUGCGGACAUGAAUGAGGGAUUCAACAUCUCUCUCCCUUAUUUACAAAUCAGCUCUAUAAAAAUUCGCGAUUCGAAGUUUGGUACGGCUCUAGUGGUCACAAGUACGGAAAUCAGUGGAACUUACGUUUUGGGCUUUCGAGUUGAUCCUGAAGAGAAACUGAGGACUUUAUACAAGGAGUUGGUUUCGUUGCAUUCGGUUUAUAAAACAAAUCCAAUUUUUGGCGUUGAAUACAAGUGGUGUACUAGUAAGGGGGAUGAUCAAGCAAACAGGAAGUUUGUGGAGGAUGUUGUUGAGAUUGAAGAGCCUCGAGGGGAAAUGUCUAACGUCUUGGCGGUGUAUUUGGCCGACGAGGGACACGUGAAAGAUAGACCAGUGGUUUAUUCGCCUGAAUUGGGACUUGCGAUUGAAAGUGUCAAAGAAGGUUUCACUUUACAGAAGUUGUGGGAGGUUUUACCAUCAUGAAAACAUUACCGUUUCAGUACAUUUAUUCACUAUCCUACAGUGUUUAUGAUAGUCUAAAUGAUAGAAAUCAGAUUGUAUAGAAAUUUUUACAAAUAAUAAUUGGU